AUGCGCAGCGCAAAGUUACAGGCCGCUCUGGUUAAGCGCCGUGAAGCGGAGCAAAUUAAGUACCAAAAGUCGGCGGCCGUCGAACGGUACUAUGACCAGUGGGGCCGCAUCACGAGCCGGUUCGAGUCCUGGACCACCCCACAGUACUACCGCGAGGCGGAAGAAGCGCUCCGGAAGCGGGAGGACGAUAAGCGCAAAGCGGGAGCCCUUGAAGCCCGAAGGGAACGGCUGAAAGAACUGCUGGCCCGGGAAAGCGAACAGCUUAAAAAGGAAGCGGACGAGAUAGCACGUCCGAAGCCGAAAGCACUGUCGACCGAAAUUCUGGAAGGUGUCCGGGCGAGGAUACAGAGCGCCGAGGAAGCGAAGAAGCGCAUCGAUCUCGAGGCCAACCUGUACAGCAAGUGGCGCCACGGGGUCGAUCGCGAUGGCGUCAUCAUGGAUUCGCGGUCACCGCACCAGGCGAUGGCCAAACUGAACUGGAUCGAUCGGCAGGUCGAGCUGCAGCUGCAGGAUGAGCAAGAUCGCCGCCAGCAGCAGGAGCGUGAUUUGCGGCUCCACGAAGAGGUACGCCACCGGGAGGAACGCUUGCUGGAGAGGGACCGCAUGCGGGAGCAGGAGAUUGCGGAACUGCGCCGGCUGCAGGAGGUGCACAUGGCCGAGCUGAAAACGCGCGAACACGAAACGAACGAGCUCGGGCUGUACGAGGUGCGUUUGAAGACGAAAAAGGAAGAGACGGCCAAGGAACUGGACGCGCUGCGCGUGUAUAACGAUCGGCGUCGCGAUCGUGUAAUGGCGAUGCAUAACUUGAGGCGCAUCAAGAUGCUGCUGCGCGAGCGCUCCGAAGCGGUGCGCACCGAUCUGCGGCACGAUCUGGCGCUGUUGCAGCGCCUCAGCCUGGACAGCCCGGCGGCCACCGACAGCGCGGAUGGACUUAAGUAUUUGAGCCGCAAGUUCCAGCUUCAGCUCGAUCUGGAGGUGGAACAGCAGACGGCGAUCGAAAGCAUGUACGAGUCGGAAGCGAAGCACAAUCUGGCCAAGUGGGAAGACAAGUGGAACAGUGAGGCCGUGAUCCGGGAGCAGCAGCUCCGCUGUCUGCUCGAGGACCGCCUGAUGGAGUUCGAGGCGAAACUGAUCGAGUGCACUACGCGACAGCGCGAACUGAUCGAGGUGCGCGAGCAGCACAUCAAGGCGAUCGAAAAUGCGAACCAACGGCUGAAGGCGCUGAUGUCGGAGAAAUCGCGCGAUGAGUGUGAAACCGUAGGCCCGGCUCAGCUUAGGGAUCGCAGCGAUCGGGAGGUUAUUAGACGGCCCUCGACGCAAAGCUCGCAACGAAGCAGUACCUUCAGCAGCAUCUUUCCGUUUGACGAUCCGGGCUUCGGUGUGCCGUCGACCGUCGGAAGUAAGACACGCGACGCGACACCGGCGGAGGCACUGGUCGUUCCCAGGUUUGGGCGAAAGAAGGUAGCAUGGUGUUAG